AUGGAGUCCAUCGAAUUGGAUCACCAGCAACUCGAUGAAAUUACCAUGGCCGACUCUCCUUACGAAGUCAUGGCCGACUCUCCUUACGAAGUCAUGGCCGACUCUCCUUACGAAGUCAUGGCCGACUCUCCUUACGAAGUCAUGGCCGACUCUCCUUACGAAGUCAUGGCCGACUCUCCUUACGAAGUCAUGGCCGACUCUCCUUACGAAGUCAUGGCCGACUCUCCUUACGAAGUCAUGGCCGACUCUCCUUACGAAGUCAUGGCCGACUCUCCUUACGAAGUCAUGGCCGACUCUCCUUACGAAGUCAUGGCCGACUCUCCUUACGAAGUCAUGGCCGACUCUCCUUACGAAGUCAUGGCCGACUCUCCUUACGAAGUCAUGGCCGACUCUCCUUACGAAGUCAUGGCCGACUCUCCUUACGAAGUCAUGGCCGACUCUCCUUACGAAGUCAUGGCCGACUCUCCUUACGAAGUCAUGGCCGACUCUCCUUACGAAGUCAUGGCCGACUCUCCUUACGAAGUCAUGGCCGACUCUCCUUACGAAGUCAUGGCCGACUCUCCUUACGAAGUCAUGGCCGACUCUCCUUACGAAGUCAUGGCCGACUCUCCUUACGAAGUCAUGGCCGACUCUCCUUACGAAGUCAUGGCCGACUCUCCUUACGAAGUCAUGGCCGACUCUCCUUACGAAGUCAUGGCCGACUCUCCUUACGAAGUCAUGGCCGACUCUCCUUACGAAGUCAUGGCCGACUCUCCUUACGAAGUCAUGGCCGACUCUCCUUACGAAGUCAUGGCCGACUCUCCUUACGCAGUCAUGGCCGACUCUCAUUACGCAGUCAUGGCCGAAGCACCCUUGGCUGGCCCUCUUUAUUCUUUCGGCGGCAUCACCUCAUCAACAAUACUUGCCUCUAUUGAGACUCCAGAGGACUGGGAAGAUUCAAGCUACCAGGUCUCAACCAGAGAGACCCCCAUCAAAGAAGAGACUCCCAUCAAGGAAGAAAUUACCACCAAUGAAGAGAUUUUCCUCUACGACGCUCCUCUCAGAGAAGGGACUCCCAUCAAACAAGAGUUCGAGGACACUCUCCUGGAAGAUAUCCCACUACAAGAUAUCUCACUCCAAGAUGUCAGAGAAGGGACUCCCAUCAAACAAGAGUUCGGAGACAUUCCCGUCCAAGAUAUCCCACUCCAGGAGGCCUCAGACGAAGAGCCCUCAGACGAAGGAGCGUCAGGAGACGACGACAGCGACGACGAAGACGAAAUGUUCAACAAAGACAACCGGUGCCUACUGUGCCUCAAGUCGUGCACCUACAACAACAGGGCAGACCACCGAAGAAUCCACUGCCUCCAAGGCCCUCAGGGCGUGGCAGUCCCCUCCAACAAACGAUGCAAAUGCUGCGCCAUCCGCGGCGAACAAUGCAUCGUGGCAAAGGAGCCGUGCCGCAAGGGGCUCAACACUGUCCAGUGCUUGAGAUGCAUCAGCAACCACCGAGUUUGCUCCUUCAAGAAGGCUUUCAAGCGCCUCCGGAUCCGCAGUCUCCGCUGCCACCCAGCAAGCUUGGCAUGA